CGCUGCAGCCUCACACUCGGUCGCCAAGCUGGAGGAGCGACGGAAGCCCGACCCCAGGAGGAUGGAGGAUGAAGCUGUCCUGGACAGAGGGGCUUCCUUCCUUAAACAUGUGUGUGAUGAAGAAGAAGUAGAAGGUCACCACACGAUCUACAUUGGGGUCCAUGUGCCCAAGAGCUACCGGAGAAGGAGACGCCAUAAGAGAAAGGCCGGGCACAAGGAAAAGAAGGAAAAGGAAAGAAUCUCUGAGAACUACUCUGACAAAUCUGAUGUGGAAAAUGCAGAUGAGUCCAGCAGUAGCAUCCUGAAGCCGCUCAUCUCCCCAGCCGCAGAACGCAUCCGAUUCAUCUUGGGAGAGGAAGAUGACAGCCCAGCACCCCCUCAGCUCUUCACUGAACUCGAUGAGCUGCUGGCUGUGGAUGGACAGGAGAUGGAAUGGAAGGAGACAGCAAGGUGGAUUAAGUUUGAAGAGAAAGUGGAACAGGGUGGGGAACGCUGGAGCAAACCCCAUGUGGCCACCUUGUCCCUGCAUAGCUUGUUUGAGCUGAGGACUUGUAUGGAGAAAGGAUCCAUCAUGCUUGACCGGGAAGCAUCUUCUCUUCCACAGCUGGUGGAGAUGAUUGCAGACCACCAGAUCGAGACAGGCCUACUGAAGCCUGACCUCAAGGAUAAGGUCACCUAUACUCUGCUCCGGAAACACCGACAUCAAACCAAGAAAUCUAACCUUCGGUCCCUGGCUGACAUUGGGAAGACGGUCUCCAGUGCAAGUAGGAUGUUUAGCAACCCUGACAAUGGUAGUCCAGCCAUGACCCACAGGAAUCUGACAUCCUCCAGUCUCAAUGACAUUUCUGAUAAACCAGAGAAGGACCAGCUGAAGAAUAAAUUCAUGAAAAAGCUGCCACGUGAUGCAGAAGCCUCCAACGUGCUGGUUGGGGAGGUGGACUUCUUGGACACUCCCUUCAUUGCCUUUGUCCGCCUACAGCAGGCUGUCAUGCUGGGUGCCCUGACUGAGGUCCCUGUGCCCACAAGGUUCUUGUUCAUUCUCUUAGGUCCAAAGGGGAAAGCCAAGUCCUACCAUGAGAUUGGAAGAGCCAUCGCCACCUUGAUGUCUGAUGAGGUGUUCCACGACAUUGCUUACAAAGCGAAAGACAGACACGACCUGAUUGCUGGCAUUGACGAGUUCCUAGAUGAAGUCAUUGUCCUUCCACCUGGGGAAUGGGACCCGGCAAUCAGAAUAGAGCCUCCAAAGAGUCUCCCAUCAUCUGACAAAAGAAAGAACAUGUACUCAGGUGGAGAGAAUGUUCAGAUGAAUGGGGACACACCUCAUGAUGGAGGCCACGGAGGAGGAGGACACGGUGACUGUGAAGAAUUACAGAGAACUGGCCGGUUCUGUGGUGGAUUAAUUAAGGACAUAAAGAGGAAAGCACCAUUUUUUGCCAGUGACUUUUACGAUGCUUUAAAUAUUCAGGCUCUCUCGGCGAUUCUCUUCAUUUAUCUGGCAACCGUAACCAACGCCAUCACUUUCGGAGGCCUGCUCGGGGAUGCCACCGACAACAUGCAGGGUGUGUUGGAGAGUUUCCUGGGCACUGCUGUUUCUGGAGCCAUCUUCUGCCUUUUCGCGGGUCAACCGCUCACCAUCUUGAGCAGCACGGGACCUGUUUUGGUGUUUGAGAGGCUUCUUUUUAACUUCAGCAAGGACCAUAGUUUUGACUACUUGGAGUUUCGUCUUUGGAUUGGCCUGUGGUCAGCCUUCAUGUGUCUCAUCCUGGUGGCCACUGAUGCCAGCUUCCUGGUUCAGUACUUCACCCGUUUCACGGAAGAAGGUUUCUCCUCUUUGAUCAGCUUCAUCUUCAUCUAUGAUGCUUUCAAGAAGAUGAUCAAGCUAGCAGAUUACUAUCCUAUCAACUCCGACUUCAAAGUGGGUUACAACACUCACUUCUCCUGCGCUUGCCUGCCACCUGACCCAGUUAAUCUCUCUGUAUCGAAUGAUACCACACUAGCCCCAGAGGACCUGCCGACUGUUUCUUCUAGUGGCAUGUACCAUAAUGCUACCUUUGACUGGGCCUAUUUGUCAAAGAAGGAGUGUGUGAAAUAUGGAGGGAAGCUCGUGGGAAACAACUGUGACUUCGUGCCUGAUAUCACGCUCAUGUCCUUCAUCCUCUUCCUGGGAACCUACACCUCUUCUAUGGCUAUGAAAAAAUUCAAAACCAGUCGCUAUUUUCCAACCACAGCAAGAAAACUGAUCAGUGAUUUUGCCAUUAUCCUGUCAAUUCUCAUAUUCUGUGUAAUAGAUGCCCUAGUUGGUGUGGACACUCCGAAGCUAAUUGUGCCAAGUGAGUUCAAGCCAACAAGUCCUAACCGGGGUUGGUUUGUCCCACCGUUUGGAGGAAACCCCUGGUGGGUGUGCCUUGCAGCUGCUAUCCCGGCCUUGUUAGUCACCAUUCUGAUUUUCAUGGACCAGCAAAUCACGGCUGUGAUUGUGAACAGGAAAGAACAUAAGCUCAAGAAAGGAGCUGGGUAUCACCUGGAUCUGUUUUGGGUCGCCAUCCUCAUGGUGGUGUGCUCCUUCAUGGCUCUUCCCUGGUAUGUGGCUGCUACUGUCAUCUCCAUUGCUCACAUUGACAGUCUGAAGAUGGAGACAGAGACUUCUGCACCUGGAGAACAGCCAAAGUUUCUGGGAGUGAGGGAACAACGAGUCACUGGAACCCUUGUAUUUAUUCUGACUGGCCUAUCGGUCUUCAUGGCUCCCAUCUUGAAGUUUAUCCCCAUGCCUGUUCUGUACGGUGUGUUCCUGUAUAUGGGGGUGGCCUCACUUAAUGGUGUGCAGUUCAUGGACCGUCUCAAGCUGCUUCUGAUGCCCCUGAAGCAUCAGCCUGACUUCAUCUACCUGCGCCACGUCCCCCUCCGCCGAGUCCACCUGUUCACCUUCCUGCAGGUGUUGUGCCUGGCUCUGCUCUGGAUCCUCAAGUCAACAGUGGCUGCAAUUAUUUUUCCAGUCAUGAUCCUGGCCCUGGUAGCUGUCAGAAAAGGUAUGGACUACCUCUUCUCCCAGCACGACCUCAGCUUCCUUGAUGAUGUCAUUCCAGAAAAGGACAAGAAAAAGAAAGAGGACGAGAAGAAAAAGAAAAAGAAGAAAGGAAGUUUGGAUAGCGACAAUGACGAUGAGAAAGAUCCUCAACAUUCCUUGAACGCCACACAUCAUGCUGAUAAAAUUCCUUUCCUUGAGUCGCUGGGUUUACCCAGUCCUCCAAGAACUCCAGUGAAAGUCGUGCCUCAAAUUAGGAUAGAACUCGAGCCCGAAGACAACGAUUAUCUUUGGAGGAGCAAGGGAACAGAAACCACAUUGUAACCCGUUUGUCAUUCUCAAAACUGACACUUCUGUUGUUAACUGUUCUAAUUUUCUUUUUUGUCUAUGUAUUUUAAAAACUUUUGUUUGGUCACUGGCUGAAUAAUCCAGUCACUCUCUCUGCUUCUCUCUUGCAUAGGUAAAAAUCAAGACAAUAGUGUCCCUUUCCUUUAAAAAAAAAAAAAAAAGCAUCUGAGGGUCACACUCUUGUUUUCAUACUUCCAGAUGUGUCCUCUGACAUGUAAAUCCCUCUUGUCACUCAAGACACACACAGAAACCACCCUUGUAACGCAGAGAUCAAACGUGUUAAGAAUUUUUGUACCACCUUUUAUGAAACUAUUGAAGGAACUUACGACCUAAGCUUGGAGCUGUGCUUAUUGGCUUGGCUCUGUCUGGUAGAGACCUCCAGGCAGAGUCCCUUCCUGCUUACAGAGUCCCCAAGACUGGAAAAGAGCUGCUACCAACCUGCCCUUGCUCGCCAGCCCUGAUCUUAGAGUUAUCAAAAGCAGAAAACACUAAAGGUACUUUGCUCCCUGUAGAGAAACCUUUGCCAUCAUUGUAGCAAGUGCUGGAAUGUCCCUUUUCCUAUGCAACUUUUUUUAACCCUUUAAUGAACUUAUCUGUUGAGUACAUUGAAGAAUAUUUUUCUUCCUAGAUUUUGUUGUUUAAAUUAUGGGGCCUAACCUGCAACUUAUUUUUUGUCAAUUUUUUAAACUUUUUUUUAAUUACUGUAAAGAAAAUGAAUUUUUUUCCUGCAGCAGGAAACAUAGUUUUGAGUAGUUCUACCUCUUACCUGUAGCUGCCAGGCUUUCUGUAAAAAAUUGUAUUGUAUAUAAUGUGAUUUUUACACACGUGCGUGCACAUGAGCACGCGUGCAUACACACACACACACACACACACACACACACCACUCUAAGGUAAGCCAGAAGGCUAGAACAAAUUAAAAGAAAAACAAAACACCAUGUUUCUAAGAAUCUGUUGGGUUGUUGGGUUGUUACUCCCCCUUUUAUUCAAAAUAAAUGUAGCUGUUUUGUGAAGGAAUCUGGGGAAGAGAGAGAACUGUGUGCAGGAGUCACUUCUGCUGCAGUGAUGGCCAUGCUGGCAACAGAUGCUGGUGUGUUACCUGUCGACGUCCUAUGCAGUAUUGUUAGGGAUUUCCUCCUUUUAAUAAUUAGUGUGUUUGUGUAAGAACUCUGUGUGUGGUGGUUGCACACCUGUGCAAAGCCAGAUAGAGUGACAACAGCCAGAGGGCAAAGCUGUCACGCUCCUUGUGUCCAUUUUUCAUAAAAUCCAAAACCACUUAUGAGAACUCUAUCAGGAGGUCCAGAAAUGUAUCUUGUACAUCCGGGUGAAUAUAUAUUAUUACUGAGAUAUCAGUCAGCAUCACAGAUACAACAGUCGAGAUCUACAAUACAAAAGCUGUAAGAAUAUUAACAGACCCGUCAUACAUCUGUAUUGUGGUGUAGGAAUGCACACAGAUCUGCCAAGAAAGUUUAAAGUGCUCAUUUACAUGCACUCAUGGGAUAAGGCUAUUAAAACACAUGUAUGUGUGUAUCUGUGUGCUUCAAUAGACCGAGUUGAAAAAUUAGACCUUUCUUAGCCAAAUUAAAUGUAGCAUUUGAUUGCAAUAUUUUUAGUAAGUUACGUUAUAUACUGAUUAUAUAUCAAGAUAAUAGUUUGGAUGUGGAAUCCAUAUUUUUGGAUUUGUAUAGCAACAGUUGUGAUCUCAUACAUUCACUGUGGGAGAUUGCUGGGAGAGUUGGAGAAGCAGAAGGGAACCAGGUACUAUGACUGGUUCUGUGGUUGGUUCUUACAGACUCCCACUGUCUUACAUGAACUAAAAUACAAUCCCGCUCUCCUGAAAUGUUGAUAAGAGUUUUAUUAUCCUGUUAGAUGUACUUUUAUGGCAUUUGGUCAUCUCAAAACUUUACAUUUUAAAGAAGUUAGGCAUAAAUGACCCCCCAAAUUUUUUUUAUUCUGUUGUUAUCGUGUUCGUUGAAAUGAUAGCAGCAACUUAUAUGUUAUUUGUUAACAUCUCAAAUGAUACAUUUCUACAUCACAUUUGCCUAUAAUUAUGAAUUAAGUUUAUCUAGGGACUCAUGGUCCUCCUCUUACUUUUCAGAGAGCUCCUGGGAUAAGUCAUGAUUUUAGUCCUUGAGUAGAUCUUGAAGGUAUCUCACCCCGUAUAUGGUCCCUCAUCUGUGACUGGACGUUAGUAUUCAUGGAAUGAACAUAAAGCCAUGGCUUACAUUUGCUACAGGAAUAGUUAACAACAAGUGCUCUCAUUACCACUGUAGUUCCCACACUAACAAGCAGAACCCCAGAUCUCCAUGGAUGCCCCCGCAGUAUCUGAAUCUGUCUGAAUUCGCUUAUUGGCCGACAACUAAGCAGAAUUCAUGGUGGUUUCGUUUCUGUGUAAAGUGGACACAAAUACAGCAAUGGAUUCUUUGUAAUGCCUUUCUACCCUUCCUCCCUGGAUGUGAAUUUGGAGAUAAGUGUUUCUUGAAGCAAAGACUCAGAGUUGUUGGCCAGGAGUACUGUGGUAGUGCAAACUGGCUGGAGAAAGAAGAUACUCAGGUGGAGCCUGCUUGUCGAAGCAUUGAGGCCUCCAGUUUGCAGAGAUGCUGGCCCUUUCCUACUGUGUGCAGAAACUACUAAUCGUUUUGUAUGUCAGAGGCAGUGUUGUUUCAGCCUCUCUUGAUAAAGCCGAGGGGUGGGGCCGGGAAGUACUCAUUUGAGAAGACACAAACCUUCCUUCUUAUCCCCCACCGAAGAGAAAGGGCUGUCUGUUGUCAGUAAUCUGGCUUAUGUGCAUUUUGGGCACAUGUAACAACACACACAGAGUAAAUCCUUUGUCAGUUACGUGUUGCUGUUUAAUAUAGCAAAUGAUUGUCUUCCAUGUUUUUGGUUCUUUUGUUUUAACUGUGUUAAAGUACUUGAAAUGUAUUGACUGCUGAGAAUCUUUAAAAAAAAAACCAUUUGAGUUAUAUUACAGAGGUUGGCAUUGAUCAGGAAUGGGACAAAGUUUUCUUCAAUCUUUUUUUUUUUUUUCUCAUACCACUUCACGAUUUUGGUGCAAGGACCUGAGAUUUUCUUCUUUAUAUUCUGUGAUAUUCGCCAUCUGCUCUCACUGCAGGAGCUUGAAGCCCAGUUGGUACGAAGCGACUGGAGACAGAAAACAGCCCUUGGGGAGUUUUCAGAUGACUUUAUGAAGCUUCCUGGUAGCCUGACGUGAAAACCCUUUUGUAAUAUAGGCGAAUGUGGUGGGCUGUGUUUUGACCAGAGAUUUGGAUCUAUCUUAUUCCUGGCUCAUUUCAUUGUGCUCUGUGGAUACAUAAGAAUCCUGAAUUCUGUUUCCUAGGCAAAUACUGAAACUCAGGGCUAAAGUCACCCAGUGAAUCCUUAGAGCCUGAAGUAACUUUGUCCCAGGCCUACAAUGCACAUUGACUGCAGACUUGCCUCUGUGCAGCCAAGUUUAUGGCUGGUACAUAUCCGUACACAUUACGUUUCACAAUCAGUACGCACUUUCAGGUAGUCUUAUUUUUAUUCUCUUAAGUCUUUAUUAACUUUGGAGAAAUGAUGCAUCUUUUUAUUUUAAAUGAAGUAGAUCAACAUGGUGGAACAAAAUGAUAAAGAACAGAAAACAUUUCAAUAUAUUACUAAUAAUUUUUUUCCAAUAUGAAACCUAAAAUUCCUAUAACAUAGUAUUUUACAGUUUUAUGAAGCUUUCUAUUGUGACUUUUAUGGAAUUAAGAGAUGAAGAAGAUGAGAUAUUUUAGCAUUUAUAUUUUUCAAAAUUAAAUGUAUACUUAAAAUAAAGUAACUUUAUGCAUU